AAGGAAGCAUCUGGUGCGUAAAACAUGGCAGGACGCAUGAAGUCUCUCCUUCCUCGGUGGUCCUCUCGUGUUUUUUCCGUGGAGCUGGAUGGAGCGCCUUUCUACUUUGCAAUUCAGGAGAAACACCGAGGAGAAGAGGCGCCACGGGUAUUCAGAAAGCUCCAAACUCAUGAUAGGUGUUACACUCUCCUCGUCUGCAGCAGAGACAGAAUCAAAACAGCCAGAUUCUACGGGGAGCUCAAAGACAAACUCUUAAGAGAGUUGCCUCCAGAGUGCGGUUUGUCUCCUAUGUCCUCAUUUCUGCCAAACGUCAGGGAUUCUCUCAUCAAGGGCUAUUUUUUAAAAGACGCUUCUGAGGGUUCCUCUCCUGUAGAGCGACUGUUGAGUGAUUUAACGCAGCAUGAGCCAGUGUUUGUGUGUUCAUACAGUAAAAAUGACGAUGGUCAGCAGUGGACUCAGCAUCUCUGGUCACAUGGAGAGAGCCAAGUGAUGGAAACGGCAAAGAAGUAUUAUGUGGUACCAUCAGAAACGCCUGAAUAUCACCCGUCUACCCUCAACAUGAUCAACUCUGAUGUAUUCUACAGCUUGGAUGAGGCAUGUGAGGUUUUAAAAAAGUGUGGUGACAUCAUCCCAGAGGCGAUGUCUGUGCUGGAACUGCUGCCCAGCAGAGUGGAGGCCAGAAAUAAACCAGACUUCCCUGUUAUUGUCAUAGAGGGCCUGGAUGCCACAGGUAAAACCACUCUGACGGAGUCUCUGAGGGAAACUUUGGGGGCUUCUCUUCUGCGGUCCCCUCCUCAGUGCCUGUCCCCCUGGAGAGCUCGCUUUGAUCAGGAGCCACCACUCAUCCGCAGGGCCUUCUAUGCUCUGGGGAACUACAUCACAGCAGAACAAAUAGGCCAAGAGGGCAAGAAGACACCUGUCAUUGUUGACAGGUUCUGGCACAGCACAGCAGCUUAUGCCAUCGCCACAGCAGUAAGCGGACCAGUGUGUAAUCUUCCAGGAGAGGGUUCAGAGGUGUACUGUUGGCCCAGUGACCUGCUUCAGCCCAGCCUGGUGGUCCUACUCACCCUGGACCCUGAGGAGAGGAAGAGGAGACUGAGGAGCAGAGGUCAAGGAGAGACUAACGAGGAGCAAGAGCUGGAUCACAACCAGCUUUUCAGACUCAGAGUGGAGGAGGCUUAUCGGAGGAUCAGCGGCCCAGCUUGCGUCAGUGUGGAUGCUAGUCCUUCUGCAGACCAAGUGCUCCAACAAGUGCUGCUUUUAAUUAGGGGCAAAUGCCACUUGUAAACAGUUCUCCAUCUCCCCUGCUGGCAGCCAAGCAUCAAGUGGAUGCAGUAUGUCCUUUCACCACUGGGUGCCAGUAAGGUGUUGUGAAUGUGAUAGUAGGAGGGACGGUGGCUGGAUUAGAGUGUGGAGAGGAGAUUCUGUUCACAAUGAGUAAAGGUUGAAUGGCCAGGGGCCAGAACCGCAUGCUACAAUCAGAAAUACAUAUUCAUGUAGACACAUACACACUCAUGCACUCACACUAAAGUAUUGUCAAGAAGAAGUGUGCAUUUAACUGCUGUUGUGACCUCUCAGAAAUCAGACACUGCUCAGCCUUCAGACACAAUAUAGCUGCACUUUUAUUUGGUCUGACACUGAACAAGUGGAUGGAACAUUUAUAUAACCACAAGUGCAUUAGAUUUCAUUUAAGUGCGCAGACUAGAGCAUUAUAAUCCGGAAAGAUGUAAAAAUAAAGAAGCCACAGGAACCAAUCUGUCUUCCGAUAAAAUCUGUUUAAUUUGUAUAUAAAAAAAAUAUGUUUCUGAUUAAAAGAAAAUCACACUAAA